AAAAAAAUCGCCGCUUAACGUAGGCUAUAUAAAUAAGCGUUGAGAAGUUAUGACUCCGAGUCUCUUUGAAUUUAAUGAAGCGGUUGUAUCUCCUCUGGUGCCACACACCAAAUCGAGAUCUAUAGUUUUUUUUUUAUAUAAAAAAAAUAUUUUUUACCAAUAAUCAAACAAAAAAAAAAAUCAAGCAAAAAAUAUUGAGAAAAAUUUUCAAAUUUUUUGAUUUGUGAACAACUAACAAUAUUUAAUUAAAAAAACCCAAAUACGAAAAAUUUUAAAAAAUAACUGAAAAUUUGAAUUUGAAAAAAAAAACGAAAAGAAUAAUUCUUACAAAAUAAGUACUACUAACAAAACGACAACGAAAGGUUAAAAAGAAUUAAGUGCGAAAUUCUAAUAAGAAUUUGUUGACCAGCCAACAAAGAAACAACCGAAAGAGGAUAACAAAAGGAUUACUGUGCCAAAAUAUAAAUUGUGCGAAAUUUAAUUAAAUAUUGUGUGCCGAACGAAAUUGGAUUUUUUCAAAAAUUUGUUCCAGUGUAAAAGGGUUUAAGAACAACAGAAACAGAAUGACAAGAAAACGUUCGAGUCCCAUGGGACUCGACAUAUAUUUGUCAGCCAUGCUGGCAAUUGUUAUGUUGCCAUUAUUAAUACAAGCUGCUCCCCUGCAAGAUUAUACGGAAAUCCAACAAUAUACAGAAGGCUGCUACUACAACUAUAAUCAUUACAAUGAAGGCGAUAGAAUCAUGACAAAUGAGCCCUGUUUGAAUUGUACGUGCCACAAUAAGAUGCUCAUGUGCUAUUUGCGCGUAUGUCCGUUCACGAAACCCAUUGGACAUGAUUGCAUAGUGGAGAAACGUGAGGAUCAAUGCUGUCCAAUCAUUACAUGUCCCGAAGUUCCCGUAGGCAUUUCUCAUGCUGCUCCCGAACCAGGCACCGAAUUGAGCAUACCCGAGAAAUUCGGUUGCAGUAUUGAUGGCAAAUUCUAUUUGGAAGGUGCUCAGGUUCCCUCGAAUCCCAAUAAACCUUGUGAACUUUGCUAUUGUAUUAAGAAUCGUACCUCAUGUCUGAUGCAAGAAUGUACCCUGCACAUUGAUGGCUGUACUCCAAUUUACAACAAGGGCUCUUGUUGUCCAGUGCGUUAUAAUUGCGACCAUGAAAAUGAUGUUCUUGGCCUGGAAGAUCUUUCCACAACAACUGAAACCACUACUACCACCACCACCACAACGACAAGCACCACCACAACUGAACGUCCCACAACUGGCUUUAUCCUUGCCAGUACCAUGUCACCCAGUGUAUCGACAGACUGUAUCCACAAUGGUGAACUGUAUGCCGAUGGUGCUCGCAUCGAAGGCAAGAAUCCAUGUGAAAACUGCUAUUGUAUGCGUGGUGACAUUAUCUGUGCUGUCCAAGAAUGUAAGAUGCCCAUGUUGGCCGGCAAUGGCAAGCAAUGUCAUGCCAUGCCACCAGCCGAAGGUGAAUGUUGUCCCAGUCAGUAUGCCUGCGAAGAUGAUACUGCCACCACUCAGAUUUAUGAAGCCACCACUCUGCCGUACGGCAGUGGUUCAGAUGAUGAAGUUAAGAUUACAACAUCUGCUCCCGUUGAGGAUCUACAUGGUGCCAUACCCGAGGAAGACUUGCAAUUACAGACCCAUAUUGAUGAUGAGAAACAAGAAGGUGUUACUGAAACUCCAUUGGAAGAAAUUAAACCAACUGAAGCUGUGUCUGUCGCUGAAAAAGAAGAGGAAGCCACGACCACUCCAAAUGUCGAGGAAGAACAUGCCACGGAAGUUACCUCAUCUGAGGAAGUUACCUCUGCUGCUGGCGUUACAGAAAAACAAGAUGAAGACAAGGAAUCUAAACCAGUUGCUGCUGAUGAAUAUGUUACCGAAACCGCUACAACGUCUGCAGAAGAAUCCGAAGAAGAAAAAGAAGGUGAAGAAAUUGAAACAGGUACUAAGGCACCGAUUGCUGUGGGUGAACAAGAAAUCUCAACAGAACAUGCAAUUGAGGCUACUUCCACUGCCGAGGAAGAACUCACCUCAGCUACCGAAUCUAGCACUGAUGCUAUGGCUGCUGGUAAACCUGUUGAAGGCGAACAACCCGAAAUAUCUGAUGAAGAAACUGCCACUAAGGCUCCUGCCGUUGAAGAAGGUGUUGCAUCUACAGAAUCUACUGGUACCGCUGAUGAAAUUUCCACUCUAGACUCAACAAGUGAAGAAGCCGAAUUAUCUACCGAAACCGCAGAUGAAUUUGCCACUAAAGCUCCAGCUGGUGAGGAAGAAGAAAUUGGCUCCGAUGGAUUGGCUACCGAGGUUCCUACUGAAGAACUAUCAACUAAGAUUCCCGUUGUCGAUGGAGAAGCUAGUGAAUCUGCCGAAACUACUGACGAACUCAGUACAACAGCUCCUGUGGCAGAAGAAGAGGAAGCCGAAACUACUGCUGAAGACACAACCAAAGCUCCUGUUGCUGAAGAAGGAGUUUCCACUGAAAUUGCCGAUGAGUUGGCCACCAAAGCUCCUGUUACUGAAGAAGGUGUACCCACUGAUGAAUUGGCCACCAAAGCUCCAGUUGCUGAAGAAGGCGUUUCCACUGAAAUUGCAGAUGAAUUGGCCACCAAAGCACCAGUCUCUGAAGAAGGUCUACCCACUGAUGAAUUGGCCACCAAAGCUCCAGUUGCUGAAGAAGGGGUUUCCACUGAAAUUGCAGAUGAAUUGGCCACCAAAGCACCAGUCUCUGAAGAAGGUCUACCAACUGAUGAAUUGGCCACCAAAGCUCCUGUUACUGAGGAAGGCGUUUCCACUGAAAUUGCUGAUGAACUGGCCACCAAAGUACCAGUCUCUGAAGAAGCUCUACCCACUGAUGAAUUGGCCACCAAAGCUCCAGUUGCUGAAGAAGGCGUUUCCACUGAAAUUUCUGAUGAAUUGGCCACCAAAGCACCAGUCUCUGAAGAAGAGCUACCCACUGAUGAAUUGGCCACCAAAGCUCCAGUUUCUGAAGAAGGCGUUUCCACUGAAAUUUCUGAUGAAUUGGCCACCAAGGCACCAGUUUCUGAAGAAGAGCUACCCACUGAUGAAUUGGCCACUAAAGCUCCAGUUGCUGAAGAUGGCGUUUCCACUGAAUUUGCUGAUGAAUUGGCCACCAAAGCUCCUGUUGCUGAAGAAGGCGUUUCCACUGAAAUUUCUGAUGAAUUGGCCACCAAAGCACCAGUCUCUGAAGAAGGUCUACCCACUGAUGAAUUGGCCACUAAAGCUCCAGUUGCUGAAGAAGGCGUUUCCACUGAAAUUGCCGAUGAAUUGGCCACCAAAGCACCAGUCUCUGAAGAAGAUCUACCCACUGAUGAAUUGGCCACUAAAGCUCCAGUUGCUGAAGAAGGCGUUUCCACUGAAUUUGCUGAUGAAUUGGCCACUAAAGCUCCACUCGCUGAAGAAGGUGUGUCUACUGAAAUCAUCGAUGAAUUGGCUACCAAGGCUCCAGUUGCUGACGAAGGUAUGUCCACUGAUGAAUUGGCCACUAAAGCUCCCGUUGCUGAAGAAGCUGAGACCGCUGAGGAAUUGGCCACCAAAGCUCCAGUCGCUGAAGAAGCUGAGACCGGUGAUGAAUUGGCCACCAAAGCUCCUGUUGCUGAAGAAUCUGAUACCUCUGAUGAAUUGGCUACCAAGGCUCCAGUUGCUGACGAAGGUAUGUCCACUGAUGAAUUGGCCACUAAAGCUCCCGUUGCUGAAGAAGCUGAGACCGCUGAGGAAUUGGCCACCAAAGCUCCAGUCGCUGAAGAAGCUGAGACCGGUGAUGAAUUGGCCACCAAAGCUCCUGUUGCUGAAGAAUCUGAUACCUCUGAUGAAUUGGCUACCAAGGCUCCAGUUGCUGACGAAGGUGUGUCCACUGAUGAAUUGGCCACCAAAGCUCCUGUUGCUGAAGAAGCUGAGACCGCUGAUGAAUUGGCCACCAAAGCUCCAGUCGCUGAGGAAGCUGAGACCGGUGAUGAAUUGGCCACCAAAGCUCCAGUCACUGAAGAAGAAAUGUCUACCGAAAUUGCCGAUGAAUUGGCCACCAAAUCUCCAAUCGCUGCCGAAGAAACUGAUGUAUCUACAGAAGCUGUGGAUGAACUCUCCACUAAAGCUCCUGCUGCUGAUGAGCAUGUUGAUGUAUCUUCAGAAACUGCUGAGGAUAUCUCAACCAAAGCUCCAAUCGCCGAAGAUGCAGAGCAUGUCGAUAUGUCUUCUGAAGCUGUUGACGAACUCGCUACCAAAGCUCCUGUGGCUGGUGAAGAAGAAACUGGUGUUGAUGAUUUGUCAACUGAGACUCCUGCUGCCGAAGAACAACCCGUUGCACCAUCUAAAACUACCGAAGAAUUGGCAACCAAAGCUCCGAUUACCGAAGGGGAAGUUACCCAAAUGCCUUCCGGCACUACUGCUGAAGAAAUGGUCACUAAAACUCCCGUCGUUGGUGAAGAACCCUCUGAAGUUUCAACUGAGUCUGUGGAAGAACCUACUGUCAGUGAUGUUACUGGUUCUGUUGACACAACCACCAAGGUACCUACAGUUGGAGAACAACCUGAAGUACCAAGUGAAAGUGAAGAAGGUGUUACUCAUAUACCUACAGCCAUGGAUACCGAAUCUCAUAUAACCGAAAUUGAUGAAUCCUCUGAGAUUGCCAAGGAUGAAGAAGAAGUUAAAGAAACUGAAGUUUCCACUAAAGCUCCAUUGCCAGAAGAAGAACAAGAAAUGGUUACAAUUGUCCCAGUAUCUGGUGAGGAAGUUUCCGAAGAGCCUAAACCAGAAAGUCCAGAAGAAUCAAGCGAAGAUCACACCAAAUCGCCUGUCGCCGAAGUUGAAGAACCCCAGGCUGGAGAUGAACAUGAUGUUAAACCAUCCGAAGAGAAAGAAGAUACCACUACCAUUGCUCCUGUUAAAAUUGAUGAGACCUCAACUAAAAUACCCGAAAAAGAAGCUGAGUUGUCAACAGAAAUGUCGGCUGAAGAAGAUAAAGAACAAGCAAGCACAGAAUCAUCAGAAUCUCCCGACAAAUUGGCCACAGAACUACCUGCGGAACAAGAGCCUGAAAAGGUCACAGAUACCGAAGCCAUUACAGAAUCUGUUAGCACUGAAAAAGAUGUUGAAGAAGCUUCUGGAGACAGCAAACCAAGUGUUCCCAGCACAAUGGCUCCAACAUAUAUACCUCCCGUACAUGCCGAUGAAGAAACAUCCGAAGAAUCAACAUCUGUUCCUUCCAGUGAGUUGGGCAGUGGUGAUUUUGCUACUACCGAAUCUGCUGAAGAAGAAGUGAAACCAGCCGUUACCGAACGUAUUCAUGAGGAAGAAGAAGAGGAAAUCAGCACUGACAAACCAGAAGGAUUCCUUGAAUCGGUCACAACACACAAGAUUGAUACCGAUGCCGUGCAACCAGAAGAAGGCGAACAAAAAGAACCAUCUUCUGCCGAAGAAAGUUCCGAAGAGCAAACUGAAUCUGCUGAGGAAGUCACAACUAUUAGAUCCGAAGUUCCCGUUGAAACCGCCACCCAAUCAAGCCUUGAUCAAAAGACAGAAUCUGCACCUGAAGAACAAGUUGACCUUACCACUGUUGGUUCUAUUGCCGACAAGGAAGGAGAAGAAGCUCAAGCUGAAGUCACCACUCAAGCACCAGCUGUUGAAAUCACACCCACAACUGCUGCUGUCGAGGCUGAUAAGGAUUCAUCUGAAGAGGCUUCGAGUGAGGAAGAUAAGACCAAACCUGAAACUAGUGAAGCUGAAGAACCAACAUCGACAACCACUGUAUUGCCAGCUGUCGAAUCCCUUGAAGGUGAACAACAAGAAGUCAUUCCCGAAACAGACGAGCACAAAGUUGAAGAGCUUCCAGAACAUGAACAGGCUAAACCUACUGACAGUCCCAUGGUCAUUAUCGAGGACUUCACUGGCCUGCCAUCCGAUGAGGAAACCAAAACUGAAGCUCAACAAGGAGUCUCCGAAACAACAGUUGCCUCAAUCUCAGAUGUUACAGAUGAAGAGAAGGAACUUACCUCUACUACCCUUAAACCCUCUACAGAAGAUGUAUCCAUUGAAGACAUGCACGAUAUGCAAAUUCCAUCCAUCAUUCCCGGCGAAGGUGAUUGCUUGGUUGGUCAUAAGACCUAUGCCAAUAACUCCAUCAUUCCCACAGCUGAUGAAUGUGAAAUCUCCUGCAAAUGCGUUAGCAGUAUUGUUUCCUGUGAACGUGUUGUCUGCGAAGUUCCCGAAGACAUUGAGAAAUGUGUCCUGGAUGAAAAUAGCAGUAACAAAUGUUGUCCUACCUACAUUUGCGGCAUUGAUAGCAUUCCUACUAAGGCUGAUGAAAGCUCUGAAGAAGAAUUCGCCACAACUACCUCUGCUCCGCAUAAAACACCCGAAAAGACUGAUGAAGAAACAGCUACCAUUGUUAGUAUUCCUGAAAUCGAAAUGCCCAUUGCUAGCACUGAAGAACCUAUGUCACACAUUAAGGAGACCGAGGAAGAAGAACAAGAAGGUGCAGAACACACAACCAAAGCUCCUACUGAAACUGUUGCCGAUGACAAAUCUGAUGUUUUGGUUGAUAUCCAAGAGCCAUCUACCCAAUCAGCCAUUGUUGAAGAUGCGGUCAAACCAGAAUCCAUGGUUCCAGUGGAAGCUGGUGCUGAUGUGAAACCAGAAAUGCCUGCCGAAAUUCAACCAGAGGAAGUAAUGCCCACAGUUACUGACAUGGAAAUGGCACCAAUUGUACCCUCAAGUGAUGAAUAUCAAACCGUUAAACCCAUUGAGUCGGAAGAGGAUGAAGAUCAUAGCGAAGAAGCUUUCGACCACACCGUGCAACCCAUGGUUGGUGAGGAAUUCCCAAGCUCUACAGUUUCGAAGGAAGAAGAAACCCCUGAAGAAAUCGAUGUUCAUGUUCCAUCAUCUACAGCAGCUACUGAGCAGCAAGAAGAAGAGCACAAAGAUGUUUCUGAUACUGAAGUUGAAUCUGCUACAGUUCAACCAACAACUGAGGAUAAGGAGAUGGAAGCCCAAACUCAUGUUCCUGCUACAAUGGUUGACACAGAAAGUGAAGAAGGCUCCGGAGAACCAGCAACAACCGAGGAAGAAGAAGUUCAUACCGUUGCUCCCCAAGCUGCCGAUAAGGAAACUGAUAUGUCUACUGAACUACCAGCUGUCACUGAGAAAAUAUCGGAAGAACCAGCUGCCGCUACUCCCUCUACAGAAGAAGCCGAACUCUCAACAGUUAGCACAAUUUCCAAGGACGAACAAGGAGAAGAAGAAGAUAAACAAACCUUUGAAGAAUCUGGCGAAGUUGAUGUUACACGCACUACCGCUGCACCAUCCUCUCUUGAUGAAGUAUCUUCUACCAUGGCUCCAGUUACAGUUGAAACUGAAGGCCAAACUGCUGCCACGGACAUUGAAAGUGAAAAACCUUUGGAUGAAACUGAAGUCCAUGAACAAAUACCUGCUACCUCUACAGUUGCCCCUGCUGUCGAAGUUGAUCAGACUUCAUCAAGUGAAGAGUCGGCCGAAGAGACUACUUCAGCUGCCAUUGAAAAGGACGUUGUUGAAUCUGAUGAACAUACUGUUGCUCCACAUCACGAUGAAACACCUUCUGAAGCCGCCGAAGGCACAACAGCAGCUCCAGUUAUCGAAGAGACCGCUACCGGUAUUGCACAUGCCGAAGAUGAUGUGACAAAGGAAACAUCCACUACCACAAGUCCAGUUAGUGCUGCAGAACCACAAGAGCCCGUUACAAUUCAAAGCAUUGAAUCUCAAGACGAAGAAGAAGAAGAAGCCCAUACUGUUGGACCUAUGGUAUCAUCAGAUGAAUACAGUCCAGAAGAAAUUACUUCGGUACCAACGGGUGAAGAAGAAAAAGAAACUCAAACUGCUGCAGUACCCACCAUUGAAGAAGAUGAGGAACAUGUUACUGCUACACCAAUUGGAAUUGAUGAGAGUGCUACCCAAGAACCAACUGAAUUUGGAAUUAAAAUUGAUACCACAUCAGAACAAGCCACUCAAGUUCCUACAAUGGGUGAAGUACAAACCAGCAAACCAGAAGAAGAACAAGAAGAUGUCGUGCCCUCAACUACUGACAAAUCUUCCGAAGAACAAGGAGAAGCUGUCUCAGCAUCCGCAGAAGAAACCGAAGAGGAACAAUCCAGUUCCGUGGCCCCAACAACCGCUUCAUCAGUUGAAGAAACCGGAGAUGAAGAAUCCAGCACUGCUGCUCCUACAACCGCGUCCGCUGUUGAAGAAGCAGAAAAAGAAGAAUCUAGUAGUGUGGCUCCCACAACCGCUUCAUCAAUUGAAGAACAUGCAGAGGAUACCACUGCCGUUGAAGAUGGUAUUCACAAGCUGUCAACUGAUGAAAGCGAUGAAACCACAAUGGCUGCUGUAUCUGGCGAUGUUGAGUCUGUCACUCAAGCCUCGGACAAAGAACAAGAAAUUAGUGAAGUUGCUUCCGUUACCAUUCCUUCGAUUGAAGAAGAUAAGCAAGAACUUGAACCAUCUAUGGCUCAUACUGUGGCUCCUUCUUUGGAAGAAGAAUCCGCCACCGCAAUGCCAGGCGUUGAAGAAUCUGCUGAUAAGGUUGAAGCCACAUCUACUACCACCAUGGCUCCAACUGAAGGCGAAGAACAAGAAGAAGAAGUUCAACAUAUUACAUCUGCAGCACCAACCCAACAACAACAUCCAACAUUGGAUCUGUCUGAAGAAGCUUCCGGUGAAUCUGUGGAAUCUGAAGAAGAAGUUAUGCCCACUCUACCACAACAUAUUGGCGCCUUCGUUACAGAACGUGUUGAAGAAAUCACAGGCAAACCAGUUGAACAAUCCACCAUCACAAGUACCGACGAAGAAGAAGGAGAAGGCGAAAAGGAUACUUCCUCCGAAGAACAAGAAGGAGAAAUUGAAUCUGAAGUUACAAGCAAACCUGAUGUACCCAAAGUUGAAGAUGAUGAACAUGUUGGAAUUACCGAAGCCACUCCCGUUGAAGAUGUCGAGACAGCCACUGCUAAACUUCCUGAAGAUAUUGAUGUUGCAGGUGUCACAUCUGCUCCUAAACUUCCAGAAGAAACUGAAGAAACGACCUCCGAUGAAGCAAUGGAUGUCGAACGUGUUGAAAGUUCUACUCAAAUUCCAGCUGUUGAAGAUGUUGCUGGCUCCACUUCAUUGCCGAUUGAUCAUGAUAUUGCUACUGCUACUCAAGCUCCGGAAUCUGUUGAGAGCACAUCUGAUAAACAACACGAGCCAGAAGAAGAAGAUCAUGCUGCUGCUACUGAAUUACCAGUUGCUGGUGCUGAAGAAACUACAGAACAAUCGGCCGCCACAGAAUCAUCUGAUGUCGAGAUUUCGUCCGAUGUAACCAAAGCUCCUGACAGUGUUGAGCAUGAUGACAUUUCUGGCCCCGCUGCAUCAACUGAAGAUGAUGUUUCCAGUGUUACAAUUGCUCCCGAAAGCCAAAGUGUUGAGGAAUCUCAAGAAGAUGUUGCCGCUGCCACCGAAUCUGCCGUCGAACAAGCACAGGAAGGUGAAGAAAUCAGUGUUACUAAGGCUCCCACAACAGAACAAUCUGAAGAAACCUCCGCCGAAGUCUCCGAAGUCAGCACAGCACUACCCUCAGAAGAUAUUGCUGGUCCUACAACUUCCACCGUUGUUGAGCAGCCUGCUGAAGAUAUGGACACCGUUACUAAGAUUCCAGAACAUGAACAAGAACCUGAAUCUGUUGAAGCCAGCACAGCUAAGACUCCCGAACUUGAAGAAGCAGCUGAAAUGUCUACCGAAUCUGCUGUUACCAAAGCUCCCGAAUCUGCUGCCACAGAAGGCGCUACUUCUGAGGAAUCUGAAGAGUAUACCACAUCUCCUGCAUCUGUUUCAGAAUCUGAAGAAAUUGCUACCAAAGAACCUGAAACCUCUGUUGAUGCUGAAUUGGCCCAUGAAAAAGAAGAAGAUAUGGCUGGUGUUACCGAAGCUCCUGCAACUGAAGAAGGCUCUACUUCUCAAGGUGUUGCUGAUGUCAGUGCUACCACAAUGGUUCCACAUAUUACUGAAGAUGCUGAAGUCGCUGCUACACCACAACCCACAGAAGAAGCUGAGGUCGCUACUGUUCAAACUUCUGAAGAAGAAACUGCAGCUGUUACCAAGACUCCUGAAUUGGCUGAAGAUGUUUCUCCAGUAUCAGAAGAUGUCACCACUCAUGCUACAGCUGUUGAUCAUGUUACCGAUUCUGCUGCCGAAAUCUCACAAUCUGGUGAAGAAUCUGAAGAACAAGUUUCCACUGCUCCUGAAUCUGUUGAAGCUGUAGAAUCCAUUACUGCUCAUCCAGAAGAAGGAAUUGAAGUUGCUACAAUCAUUCCCGAAACUGUUGCUGAAGGAGAUGUUUCCGCCGGCACAAAGGCUCCUGAAUUUAUUGGUGAAGAGGUUACAAUUGCUCCUGUUUCGGCUGCUACUGCACAACCAGAAGGCGAAGAAGAAUCAGCUGUUACCACAACUCCUGAAACUGCUGACUCCGUUAGCGAAGAAAUUUCAACUGCUACCAAGGCACCAGUCGUCCACCAGGAGAAACCUGAGGGAGUACCUACUGUUGAAUCACAUGCCGAUGAUACUACCGUUGCUCCUGAGUCUGAAGCAGAACUUGAAAGCAUUACACACAAGACUGAUGAAGAUGUAUCCGUUGUUACCAAAGCCCCCGAAACCAUUGAAACCUCCAGUGCACAAGAUGUUGAUAUUGCAGCUGGCGUUACCCAAGCUCCUCACGCUGUUGAAUCUGAAGAGGAGGAAGAGGUUGAGGCAUCGACUGUCAAGACACCACUGCAACAAGCUGAUGAAUAUGAAGAAUCUGCCGUUACAGAAGUUGAGCACGAUAAGACUGAAGAAAACAUUACCGAGGAAUCUUCCACCAUGGCAGUGCCAGUUAAACACGACGAACAAAUUACAGAACUGCCAGCUGUGGCCCAUGACGCUUCAACAGUGGGACAGGCCAUCGAAUCUGAACCUGCUGCUCAUGAAAUUGAAGGAGAUUCUUCAGAAGAAUCUACCUCAGCUGAAUCGGCUGAAAGCGAUGAAGUACCACGCACCACAACUGUUCACCCACUGUUCGCACACCAUGGCAUCACAACACUUCCACCACCAGUCAUUGAUAGUCGCUAUGAUGAGGCUCAGAAUGCCACUAGCAGCGAAGAAGCCACAAUGGUUCCUGUCAAGGAAGUCGAUGUCGAAGAAUCUGCAUAUACCACAACAGCGGCAACAACAACCACCAGCACAACAACACCGGUGCCCGUUACCGUACCUACACAUCCCGCUGCUCAUUAUCCACCACCAAUUUAUGGACAAGCGCCACAAUAUCCACCUCAAUACGAAGACGAAUAUACCGAUGAAGAAGAUACGGAAAUCUUUGGUCCUGGCACUUGCCGUUACGGUGGCAAACUUUACGUUUCCGCCCAACAAAUACCACGCGACGAUCCUUGCGAUUUCUGUUUCUGCUUCCGCAGCGAUAUUAUUUGCUUGCAACAAUCUUGCCCACCACCAAUUGCCGGCUGUCACGAGGAGCCCAUUUCUGGAUUCUGUUGUCCACGUUACGAAUGCCCCGUCUCAAUGGCAACUGUACUCAAUAUCACCACCAGCACAACGACGACAAGUACCACACUACCACCACAUUUCCUACAUCAUUCGUAUGGUAAUAAUGUUCAGCGUAAUGGUUGUCUCAUCAAUGGACGUUCAUACAGUGUGGGUGAAAGGAUUGAGUCGACAAGUGGUCCAUGCAUUAAUUGCACAUGCGGCGGUGAUGGUAAAAUGAAAUGUGAUCCUCAGGCCUGUGUUCCUGAACCAACUAUGCAACAAGUGAUGGCUGUUGUAGCGGCUGGUCGCAAAAGAUGAACCCCUAGCCAUGAUAAUUUAAACUAAUUAUUAAAAUUAUUUUUUUAUAUAAAACAUUAAAUUUAAGUAACAGUUACAAAACGAAAAAAAACAAAAAAUACGGAAACCAACAAAAAAAAAUGAAACAAGCAACUAUAUACUUUUCAUUGCUCUUACUGUAUAACUUCAAACACCUUUUACACUGAGCCUACUGUCCUACGACUUCCACUCUAAUUUCACUUACGUAUAUGUUAGUCUAGCCACAAACCGGUUAAAAAAUACAGAUAUAAUUAUGAAUUGGUGCCAAUAUUAAAUGAUGGAAGCAAAAAAAAAACUCUAAGGAGAAAGACAGAAUAUUUUUAAAAUAAAAAAAAUAUUAUUUUGAUUUUCUUUCGAAAAACAUUCUCCUUUGCCAAAAAAGAAAAAAAAAAAUAAUUAAAAAAAUUAAAAAUACUUGAAUUAGCUUGUGAAAAGCAACCAGUGAUAUUGUACUUUAUACUUAGUAUAGGUACAAUUAAUUAAGUGAAAAGUAAACAAAUACGCACAUACAUAUAAAAUGCAAAUAAAUUGUCAUCAUGUGUAUGGAAACUCUGAUUUCAUUGGCAUUAUCAGGUAAUCGAUAAAUAAAAUUAACCCAAUAAUGCCCAUGAUUAUUAGAUUUGCCAUACACGGUGAUGGCAUUGAUUCUGCAUCAUUAUUUAACCGCUUUAAUCAAUUUCUAAUAUACAUUUAUUUGUAAUUUAAGUUUAGAAUCCAACUUUUGAACACUUGUAACAUGGUUUUUUAUCCUGGGUAGAACGACCAAAAAAUGUAUUUUAGUUAAAACCCUUCAAUAGAGACUCAUAUACCGCUUAACUAAAAUCCACUUUUUUAACUCGCUCAACCUUUGGUGUAAAGAAUAGUAUUACGACUGUUUUGAGGAUUCUAAUAAAUUAACUUUUUUAUACUUAUGUAAACUGUAUUUCCGGUUUUUUAUAAUCUUUUUGUACUUCCAACGCGAUCUUCUUUAUUCUGUUUUUUUAUACUUUAGAAUUAAGUUCUUUCAUUUUUUUAUAUAAAAUUUAUAAUAUUUAAACAAUAUUUUUAUAUAUGAUUUUUUAAUGCAAAACAAAACUGUUGCUUCUAGUCUUCUCUUUUUUAUAAAUUAUAAUAAUAAAAGAGCAACAACAAACAUAAUAAUAAUAAUAAAAAUAGCAAACAAUAUAAACCCCAAAAAGAUGGAAAGACAGGGAUCAUAAUUUUUUCCAGGUUCUGUGUAAUUAUGCAGAUAUGAAUCAAUUACAUCGAUUUACAUAUUGUCUUUUCCCUUUUAUUCCAAAAAAACAUCUUCCCUGAAACCUCAUAAUUGUAUCCAAAAUCCUGAUAAAGAAAAUCCAAUUUUAACUAGGAAUUUACACAUAUUCAAUGUAAACUCUCAAUCGAAAAAAGGAAACCCAUAGAAAUAAUAGUAGUGUUUUUUUAUUAAACGGAAACUGAAAAAUUUUUAUAAUGAAACCAUUUUAAACUAGACGUAUCAGUAGUUGGAUAAGAAAGAGAUUUGUGUAAGUGUUAGGUGUAAACGUAGUAGUUUUGAUAAGCUAGUUAACUAAACCGAACUCCUAACUUCAAAUGCAAUCUCCCCAAUUGUCCUCACUGCAAACAAACUCCCCGUUUUUUUGUACACAUUAAAUAAAUAAAUAAACAAACAAGAAAAUAAGGAAACUUAGAAAACAAAGAAAAUUCAAUUUUUAUACAAAACGAAAAAUCUGAAAACUAAUGCUCGACUGAUUGAAAAAGCAAGUACUUUACAUAGACAAGAACAAAAAAAAAAAAAAACAACAGAAUAGUAUUAAAUAAUAAUUAAAAAAAAAAACCUAAUAAAUAUAAGAGAAUUUUAUAAAUGUAGAAA